AAUACAAAAUACGCUUCCAAUGGCGCCAUCGAAAUGAUCCGUGUGCGUGAUUUUUAUGCUAACAUUACGCAUGACAUCAAAAUCGAACGCUCUCCCAAUUUGUUUCUUCCUGAUGAUUGGACCAAAGGAUUUGCUCAGGGUUUGAAAAACGUGUUCAAAAGCAUACCCGGUUUCUACAAUAGUACCGUUCUUGAAAUAGGUGUUGGUACAGGCAUUAAUAUGGCUGGUCUUCUGUCUCUACCCUGUCCACCCGCUCGUUUCAUUGGUACAGAUAUCAGUCAAGAAGCCAUCAACGCAUCAUCAGCACUAGCACUUAAAGAACGGUGGAAUGUAACUCUUUCACAAUCAGAUUUACUGUGUAAUGUGUCGGAUGAUACAUUAGCCAAUGUUGAUUAUAUUGUCGGUUGUAUUCCGCAAGUACCCGCACCAGCAAGUAUAAAUCUAAUGGACAUGGAUAAUUUUGCCCAUUAUUAUGAAUCAAAAGGGACACAUUGGGAUGAUAUUGGUCUUGCUUUAAAUGCAGCAUUACUGCAACAGGCGGCUGAACGUGCUCCACAUGCUGCCGUAAUACUGAAUCUUAGCGGUCGACCCGGAAUAAAAUGUCUUCAAAGGUUGUUUAUAGAGAAUGGAUACAAGAAACCAUCUAUAUGCAAUGUCACAAUGGUCAAGCAACAUCAUGGAACAUCAGUGGCAGCCUUUGCGGUCAUGGAGAAUAAUGGUAGAGAUGCAUUCGAAUUCUUCGAAGACAAAGAUGGUAAAAUACCUAUUUGCGCGUCUGCUGCAGAACAACGCCGCCUGGAUGGAAAGAACGUCUAUCAUUACGUUUACGUUUUAAUAGGAGUACCUCUUGUUUAA